UAAAGGGAAAUAUUAAGUUGAGCUAGAGUGAAAGAUUAGGCUUUUGUAAUGACAAGUUCAUCAUUCUUAGCGAGAACAGAUUAUUUAUAAGCGAGAAAACGAAGAAAUUGAGAAAUAGGAGGGACGCCACCUGUCGUGCGUUGUGGUACCUCUCAUAAAGUGACGUCAGAGCCUCUAUUUUAAUUAUUGAACUACUGUUUCAUGUUACACUUGAAAAGUAAAUUAGAUAAAUUUUGGCAACAAAUGAAACAUGCGAUAGGCCAUAGUUAUUUUAUUGCUGCAUAUUACGGCCGUCGCGCUCACUCCACAGUAGUGCCGACAAGUUCUGGUUUCGCUCGGCCGCGCUGACCGCGCUCGCACUUUCGCUUGGUGAAUGGCAAAGUUUCCAUUUCGCGGCGUGCUGUGCUGUCCAUGCUGUGUCACGAAAGUUCUUGACAGCUGUAGUUCCCAGUUCCCAGCAGCGAAAUGCCGGGUCGAUGUGAUGUCGCGGGGUGCCCAAACGGUCCGCGUCGUCUGAACAAGGAUACCGAAAGCUCCGACACCAACGUGCACUACCAUGCGAUCCCGCGGGGCGAACCUCUACGUUCUCGCUGGCUCAGUGCAUUUCCCAUGCUACAGCGGGUAGGAAAGGUGCCGAUCAGACUGCAUGUGUGCUCGAUGCAUUUCCGCCCUGAGGAUUACGAACACAAUUCACUUUUGAGGCUGUCAAUGGACGUGCCUUUUCAGAUGCGACUUCGUCGCAACGCUGUUCCGUCGAUAUUGCCUUCAUCCCAUGAAGAACAAAUACCGUUGCUGCAGGACGAAAAUUUCAUGGCUAACGUUGAUGUCUUGAUCACGGAAAAUGACGCCACUGGAACCUCCAUUGAAAGCAACGCGGAUUGCGAGCACAAUUCUCUACCAAGACAGUCAAUCGAAGUGCCUUUCCAAGCGCGACUGGGUUGCAACGUUGUUCCGUCGAUAUCGCCUUUCCCCCUUGAAGAGCAAGCACCGUUGCUGCAGGACGUAAGUUUUGCUAACGUCGCCGACCCGAUGAAUGAAAACACUGCUGGCACUUUCACCGAAAGUAACGCGGAGACGCUUCCCUCUGGUGCGAAAGACGCGGAGACGCAGACAGAUUUUAUGCAGAUCCCCGCGAAAACAAGCAGUUUCCGCAGCGUCGGGAAUGCAAAAGGAGUGCAGGCUAAACCACUGGGCACGAGCGUUGGUGAGUACACCCGAGCUGUUACCUAGCUUUUAACGAAAACUACUAAUGUGAUGUGUGAUGGAGUCUGGGAGAACAAGUAGCAAAUUUUCUCUUUUGUUUGGUAGCACCACCAAAGAUAUUGGACAGGCUAGUAGAACCUUGUCUACUUCAGCAUGUUUGCUGGUGCUUUGUGCUAUGCAAAUUUAGUCAGAAUUGCUGUCAUUUUCCCAACUUUUCAGGAACUACGCAACACAGUGUCAUUUUCUCUAAAGCUGUUGUCCUGGUUCUCUUUUAUUCAGACCUUCGCAUGGCGUUUCUUUGCUCUC